UAUAGAUGUUGCACCGGUCAUGCUUUGAGAGGAACGAUGGAAUGUCAACGGUGAAGAUCGACACUCAAUUCUUGUUGCGUUUCCGUGCAAUAGUGUACCUUCUUUGGGAUAUCUAAAAAGACAGUUGAUAUACAGUAAUACACUAUAAUGGCUCGAGUAGUGAAAGUGUUUCGGACAUUAAGAAAUCACUGGAAAAAAUCCACAUUUGCUGUGUGUGUGAUGUCAUAUGGAGGACACUGGCUGUAUGGAAAGCACUGUGACAAUGUCCUGCGACGAGAAGCGUGUAUAGAGGCCAGGGCAUUUGGUCAAAAGUUAAUUGGACCUCAGGAGAAUCUGAAGAAAGCCAUGGUCAUUCUAAAUCCUGCUGCCUGUAAUGGAAAAGCAAAUAGGUUGUUUGAGAAGAAUGCAGCUCCCAUUUUACACUUAGCUGGUGUGGAGGUCAAAAUUGUGAAGACUGAUUAUGAAGGCCAGGCAAAAAAGCUCAUGGAACUGAUGGAUCAAACAGAUAUGCUGAUCAUUGCUGGAGGUGAUGGGACAUUACAGGAGGUGAUAACUGGCUUACUACGCAGAGUUGAUGAGGAGACCUUCAGUAAAAUACCAAUCGGUUUCAUUCCUCUGGGUUCCAGUAACUCUUUGAGUCAGAGUCUACAUCUGGUUUCUGACAACAAAGUACAGCACAUUACCUCUGCAACCCUGUCAAUACUGAAAGGAGAAACCGUUCCACUGGAUGUUCUUCAGAUAAAAAGUGAGAAGGAGCAGCCAGUGUUUGCUCUGUUUGGCUUACGUUGGGGUGCAUUCAGAGACGUUGCUUCUUCUGUCAGCAAAUAUUGGUACCUUGGCCCCUUGAAAACAAGAGCAGCACAUUGGUUUAGUAGCCUUAAGCAGUGGCCACAGACUCACCAGGCCUCCCUCUCUUAUCUGGCUCCUGUACCUCGUCCACCUGACCUUCCCACUGAAAUACCACCCCGGCCGAACCUCCUCUACCGCAUCUACCGCAGACUCAAGAACUACUGGAACCCUCCUAUAGAAGAGACACCAAAAGAGCCUGAGCCAGAGCGAUGGGAGAGCAAAGACAUUUCUACAUUGGAGCUCACAGUUAGCACACACAAUAAGAACCCUGUCAAAAGACGUGAGGACGAUUCUAUGGUGAUAACACUGGACUCAGACUCUCUCACUGUUGGUCAGUUCAUCACAGAAGGAACUAAGAAAGUAUUGAACCCGAUGGAGCCCAUAGAAGAUGCUUCGCAGAUAGAGGCCAGUGCUGCUAAUCUCAGUCUCCCAGAGGAGGGUGCCGGCUUUUAUGACAUUGACAAUGAGGAAUAUGAGGCGAUGUCUGUGGAAGUGAGACUGUUACCUCGGAAACUGAGGUUCUUUUGCAGCGCGGAGCGCAGAGAGCAGCUUGCUCAGGCUCAAUGAUGAUGCUUGUUAAAAUGUGUAGAGGAGCCUUCGGGACUGCUGACGAAACUGGAAAACAUACACCAAAAAGAGGAGUCAAAUGAACUUUGAGUUCUCAUAAAGGUCACCAUACUCCAACUGAACAAUCUGUGGUCUAUGGACUUUAAGAAACAGCAGUUAGAUUAUUAUUUUGUUGGUUUUUAACAGCAUGGAUGAUGUUAUUAACUUAAUACAGGUAUGUUUACUUUAAAUGGCUCAAGAACUUGCUUAAGAAACUCAAAGCAAUACGUGAUACUGUAAGUGUCUGACCAGAUGAGGACCAAGAAUAAAAGUCAUUAUUAAUCUC